AUAAUGGCUGUGAUGAUGACUAUAAUGAUGAUGAUGAAGAUGACGAUGUCGAUGAUGAUGGAAAUACUGAUGAUAGAGUGAUAGAGGGCCAUAGGUGAGAGAGCACCGAUAGAGGGUGAAUAUCACUUCUCAUCUCUGUAGCCUCUUCUACAACCACACACUAUUUUGAAAUACGAACGUGCGUGUGCGUGUGCGUGUGCGGGUGGGAUCGUGAAGACACAGUGUAGAAAGGUGGGGCUCACACGUCACGAACCGUGAUUUUGAAGUUUGUGGAAAGAAAAGGGGGGAAGGGGCUGCGGCGGAAGAGUACACGCCGCACACUCGUACUCUGUGACAGCCCUGAGAAGGGAAAACAAACCUCUCGACAGCAGCUUUUUUUUGUCAACUCACCACUUACUCUUAGUCAGCACUUUAUUUUAUUUUUUUCUAUAAAACCGACUCGUGUUCGUAGACGUCUCGAGGGGGAGGUGGGUAAAAACACGGAGCUGUAGUGUGUAGUUUAGCUGGACUAGUUUUCUUAGCGGAGGCGCGGAGUUGUUACUCCAGGAUUGGUGUAGCGGGGCGGGUGAAUGGGAGCAGUCACUAGAUUAGUGCGGUGUCAAAGCGGGCUACACUGACCACACACUGCUGCCCAUCAUUCCUGACUUUUAGGGACGUUCCACGGCACAAACGGACGAGAGCCACCGCUACCUUCAUUCUCCUCCUGCUGUCCCCUUUCCCCUCUCCUUCCUUACGGAUCCUCCAGACUGACAAAACCAUUAAAAAUGGCUCAGAUACUACCCAUACGAUUCCAGGAACAUCUGCAGUUGCAGAACCUGGGCGUGAACCCGGCCAACAUCGGGUUCAGCUAUCUGACCAUGGAGUCAGACAAGUUCAUCUGCAUCCGGGAAAAAGUGGGCGAGCAGAAUCAAGUCGUGAUGAUAGACAUGGCCGACCCCACAAACCCGAUCAGGAGACCAAUCUCUGCUGACAGCGUCAUUAUGAAUCCUGCCAGCAAGGUCAUCGCCCUGAAAGCUGCGAAGACACUGCAGAUCUUUAACAUUGAGAUGAAAAGUAAGAUGAAGGCACACACCAUGACAGAGGAGGUGAUGUUCUGGAAGUGGAUCUCGGUGAACACUGUUGCCCUGGUGACCGAUUCAGCCGUCUACCACUGGAGCAUGGAAGGAGAUUCCCAGCCAAGCAAAGUAUUCGAUCGCCACGUCAGUCUGGCAGGAUGUCAGAUCAUAAACUACAGAACUGACGAACAACAGAAGUGGCUACUGCUGAUAGGAAUCUCCGCACAGCAAAGUCGAGUAGUUGGGGCGAUGCAACUUUACUCUGUUGAUAGAAAAGUGUCGCAGCCAAUCGAAGGUCAUGCUGCCACCUUUGGAGAGUUUAAAUUGGAAGGAAAUACCAAACCCUCCACUUUGUUCUGCUUUGCUGUGCGCUCUCAGGCUGGAGGGAAGCUUCACAUCAUUGAAGUGGGUCAGCCACCUGCAGGAAACCAGCCUUUCUCAAAGAAAGCUGUCGAUGUGUUUUUCCCACCUGAGGCCCAGACAGACUUUCCUGUAGCGAUGCAGAUUGGUAGUAAACACGGUGUAAUAUAUUUAAUCACCAAGUAUGGCUACAUCCACCUCUAUGACCUGGAGUCUGGCGUGUGCAUCUACAUGAAUCGCAUUAGCGCAGAGACCAUCUUUGUUACCGCUCCUUAUGAAGCUACUUCAGGAAUUAUAGGAGUUAACAAGAAGGGGCAGGUGUUGUCUGUAUGUGUCGAGGAGGAGAACAUCAUCAACUACGCCUCCAACGUCCUUCAGAACCCCGAUCUGGCCUUGAGAAUGGCUGUCAGGUCAAACCUGGCUGGAGCCGAGGAGCUUUUUACCAGAAAGUUCAAUACUCUUUUUGCCCAGGGCAGUUAUUCGGACGCCGCAAAGGUUGCCUCAUCAGCACCAAAGGGGAUCCUGCGGACAGCAGAAACCAUUCGUAAAUUCCAGAGUGUCCCAGCUCAGCCCGGUCAGGCCUCUCCACUGCUGCAGUACUUUGGUAUACUCCUGGACCAGGGACAGCUGAACAAGUUUGAGUCUCUGGAACUGUGCCGACCCGUCCUGCAGCAAGGCCGCAAACAACUACUGGAGAAAUGGCUUAAGGAGGACAAGCUGGAGUGCUCAGAGGAGUUGGGAGAUCUGGUGAAGACUACGGAUCCCACUUUGGCUCUUAGUAUGUACCUCAGAGCCAACGUCCCCAACAAGGUCAUCCAGUGCUUUGCUGAGAAUGGUCAGUUUCAGAAGAUAGUGCUGUACGCUAAAAAGGUCGGCUACACACCGGACUGGGUGUUUUUACUGAGAAACACGAUGCGCGUGAACCUCGACCAGGGGCUGCAGUUUGCUCAAAUGCUGGUCCAGGAUGAGGAGCCUUUGGCCAAUAUUAACCAGAUUGUAGAUGUAUUCAUGGAGGGGAGCCUGAUCCAACAGUGCACCUCCUUCCUGCUGGACGCUUUAAAGAACAACCGGCCAGCUGAAGGACACCUACAGACACGUCUGCUGGAGAUGAACCUCAUACAUGCUCCUCAGGUAGCAGAUGCGAUCCUGGGAAACCAGAUGUUCACGCACUACGACAGAGCCCACAUUGCUCAGCUGUGUGAGAACGCAGGUCUGCUGCAGAGAGCUCUCGAACACUACACCGACCUGUACGAUAUCAAACGAGCCGUAGUGCACACACACCUGCUCAACCCUGAGUGGUUGGUGAACUUCUUUGGCUCCUUAUCAGUGGAUGACUCGUUGGACUGUUUAAGAGCCAUGCUUUCGUCUAACAUCAGACAGAACCUGCAGCUGUGCGUUCAGGUGGCGUCCAAGUAUCACGAGCAGCUGGGAACAGAAUCCUUGGUGGAGCUUUUUGAAUCCUUCAAGAGUUACGAAGGACUGUUUUACUUCCUGGGCUCAAUUGUGAAUUUCAGUCAAGAUCCUGAAGUUCACUUCAAGUACAUUCAGGCCGCCUGUAAGACAGGCCAGAUUAAGGAAGUGGAGCGAAUAUGCAGAGAGAGCAGCUGCUACGAUCCAGAAAGGGUUAAAAACUUUCUCAAGGAAGCCAAACUCACAGACCAGCUUCCUCUCAUCAUUGUGUGCGACCGCUUCGACUUUGUGCACGACCUGGUUCUGUACCUGUACCGCAACAGUCUGCAGAAGUACAUAGAAAUCUACGUACAGAAGGUGAACCCCAGUCGUUUACCCGUGGUGAUAGGGGGGCUGUUGGAUGUGGACUGCGCAGAGGAUGUCAUCAAGAACCUUAUCAUGGUGGUCAGAGGACAGUUUUCCACAGAUGAGCUGGUGGAGGAGGUGGAGAAGAGGAACAGGUUAAAGCUGCUGCUGCCAUGGCUGGAGUCCCGUAUUCAUGAAGGCUGCGAGGAGCCGCCCAUACACAACGCUCUGGCUAAAAUAUACAUCGACAGCAACAACACACCGGAGCGCUUCCUGAAGGAGAAUCCGUUCUAUGACAGCGCCGUGGUCGGACGAUACUGCGAGAAGAGAGACCCUCACUUGGCCUGCGUGGCUUAUGAGAGGGGACAGUGUGACCUGGAGCUGAUCAAAGUUUGCAAUGAGAACUCGUUAUUUAAAAGCGAGGCUCGAUACCUGGUGCGGCGGAAAGAUCCCGAUCUUUGGGAGAUCGUUUUGGAAGAAAACAAUCCGUACAGAAGACAACUCAUUGACCAGGUGGUUCAGACGGCACUGUCAGAGACUCAGGAUCCAGAGGAGGUGUCCGUGUCGGUCAAGGCCUUCAUGACCGCCGACCUGCCGAACGAGCUGAUAGAGCUGCUGGAGAAGAUUGUUCUUGAUAACUCCGUGUUCAGUGAACACAGGAACCUCCAGAACCUGCUGAUCUUGACGGCCAUCAAAGCCGACCGCACCCGUGUGAUGGAGUACAUCAACAGACUGGACAACUACGACGCUCCAGACAUCGCUAACAUCGCCAUCAGCAAUGAGCUUUUUGAAGAGGCUUUUGCUAUUUUUAAGAAGUUUGACGUAAACACCUCAGCCAUACAGGUAUUGAUAGAGCACAUAAGCAACCUGGACCGUGCCUAUGAGUUUGCAGAGCGCUGUAAUGAACCUGCAGUUUGGAGCCAGUUGGCCAGAGCUCAGCUGCAGAGAGACCUGGUCAAGGAGGCCAUUGACUCCUACAUAAAAGCUGUCGACCCGUCGGCAUACAUGGAGGUGGUAAAUGCAGCCAGCAAGAACAAUAAUUGGGAAGACCUGGUGAAAUUCCUUCAGAUGGCGCGGAAGAAAGCGAGGGAGUCCUACGUGGAGACGGAGCUGAUCUUCGCCUUGGCCAAGACGGGUCGUCUGGCAGAGCUGGAGGAGUUUGUCAGCGGGCCCAACAAUGCUCACAUACAGCAGGUGGGCGACAGAUGUUACGAGGAGGGAAUGUACGACGCAGCAAAGCUCUUGUACAACAACGUGUCCAACUUUGCCCGCCUGGCUUCCACACUCGUCCACCUUGGGGAGUACCAAGCUGCUGUGGACAGUGCUAGGAAAGCCAACAGCACCAGAACCUGGAAAGAGGUGUGUUUCGCCUGUGUGGACGGAGAGGAGUUCCGAUUAGCACAAAUCUGCGGCCUUCACAUUGUGAUCCACGCUGACGAGUUGGAGGAUCUGAUCAGCUACUAUCAGGACCGUGGGUAUUUUGAGGAGCUCAUCGCUCUGCUGGAGGCUGCCCUGGGGCUGGAGCGGGCUCACAUGGGCAUGUUCACCGAGCUCGCCAUCCUCUACUCCAAAUUCAAACCUCAGAAAAUGAGGGAGCACCUGGAGCUGUUCUGGUCCAGAGUCAACAUCCCGAAGGUUCUCCGUGCGGCGGAGCAGUCUCACUUGUGGGCGGAGCUGGUUUUUCUUUACGACAAAUACGAGGAGUUUGACAACGCUGUCAUCACGAUGAUGUCUCAUCCUACGGACGCGUGGAAAGAAGGGCUGUUCAAGGACAUCAUUGCUAAGGUUGCCAACAUAGAAUUGUACUACAAAUCUCUUUCCUUCUACCUGGAAUACAAACCCCUCCUUCUGAAUGACCUGCUCACUAUUCUGUCGCCGCGCUUGGAUCACAGCCGAGCCGUCUCCUUCUUCAGCAAGGUGAACCAGCUGAAGUUGGUGAAGCCUUACCUGAGAUCUGUGCAGAAUCACAACAACAAGUCAGUCAACGAGGCUCUCAACAAUCUCCUGACAGACGAAGAAGACUAUCAGAGCCUAAGAGCGUCCAUCGAUGGCUAUGACAACUUCGACACCAUCGGCCUGGCUCAGCGCUUAGAGAAACACGAGCUGAUUGAGUUCAGACGAAUUGCCGCCUAUUUGUACAAAGGCAACAACCGCUGGAGGCAGAGCGUAGAGCUGUGUAAGAAGGACAAACUCUACAAGGACGCCAUGCUGUACGCUGCUGAGUCUAAGGACGCAGAGCUGGCCGAGACUCUACUCCAGUGGUUCCUGGAGGAGGGCAGGAAGGAGUGUUUCACUGCCUGUCUGUUCGCCUCCUAUGAUCUGCUCCACCCUGACGUGGUGCUGGAGCUGGCCUGGAGACACAACAUCAUGGACUUUGCUAUGCCCUACUUUAUCCAGGUCAUGAGAGAGUACCUCACAAAGGUUGAUGGGUUUGCGGCGAAGGUGAUGGUGGACAAACUGGAUGAUGCGGAGAGCCAAAGGAAAACUGAUGACGAGGGGACAGAACCACAACCAAUGGUGAUUGGUCAGCAGCUGAUGUUGACUGCAGCCACUACUCCAGUGGCACCACAGCCAGCUUACUCAGGCUACGGAUACCCUGCUAACUCAGGAGGAUACCCUCCUCAGGCCGCCGCUGGUGCUGCUGCUGCUGCUGCAGCUGCCGCCCAGCCCAGCCUGCUUAUGGCUUUAACAUGUAGAAGCCUGACUGACCCUCCUGCCUCACCCACUCCUCUCCUUUGCCCUCUUUCACAUGCCUUAGACCUGAACUUCACUGAACCAAGCUGCUCUGGAUCUCAACAACCCACAUAGGCGGUGAAUAGAACCCUACACCCUUCCACCGCCCUUAUAAUGAACGGAGUCUUUCAGCCCUGGAUAGGACUCUGCUCCUCCUGUUUACUCUGAAACUGCUAUAGAAACCCAUUCACUGUACUUUGUCCUCACACACUCGUCAGAAGAAUUGUGCUUAGUUUCACCCACACUUUCUGCAGGUUAAAAACUGCUUCUGUGAUAAACACAUGUCAUCAUCUCUCAGCUCCUUAGAGGAAAUGACAUUACGAAGAUAUGGUAGUGACACAGAACCCACUCUGUCCUCUUGCCGUUCUGCUCUACUAACCAUGGAAGCAGCUCUUGCCUCCUUUUUUUUUUUUAAUAUUUGUCCGUUGAUUGAGCACUGAUGAGAAAGAGACUUUAUUUAUCAGGAAACGGAGGUGCACAUCUGUGGGCUGUGUGCAGGUGUCUCCUCUCCUUUCUGAAGCACUGCUACGGCCAUAUGUACUUUGAGAAAGUGGCAAAAACAAAACAGGCUUGUUUCAUGAUUUUAAACUACACAGCUGUCUCACGCUCUGAUCAGAAGGACAGUUACUGUGCAAUAGUUGUGUUUGUCUUUUCACAACAGGUACAAAGUGUUUGCAGUAUUUGGACUAAAAGUACUUGUUUUAUGAGGUUAAAGUAUGUGUGUCUGUGUACGUGUAGCCUCUAAAGCCUCCGAGGGAUACGUCAACAAACCAAGUGAAACUCAAAUGAAAUUUCCAUCUCCAUGGUUGCAGCAAACAAUCUUCUGUAUCAAAGCUUUCCAUCAUAUCAAGCCUUUUUUAUUGAAUUCUGAAAAUAGUUUUAAAUGAAUGUGGUACAAAUAAGUACAUCAGAACGAAAGGAUGAGAGGAUCAGGUGAAAUCAUUAAAAGAAAAUGCUUUGUGCUAUAGUCUGUGCAUGUGCUGCCAAACUGUAAUGCUGCGACCAGGAGCACAAUCAUGUUACAUGUAAGUAUAUCAACUGUUACUAUUGUUGUGUUAAAAUCUUAGGUGAGGUACAAAGUCUCUUCCUUAAGAGGAAUCAGUGACAAAAACUCAAACUAACACACAGAGAAGAAGAAUACGUGAACAUUAGCUCACAUUCUGUUGCCAGUUUUAAUAAAAAAAAAAACAAAUAUUAUUGUACUGAAAGCAUUGUGUAAAAAAUUAUGAUACACCUACCUAAUCAAAGCCAGAUAUUAUAAAAUACCUUGUAUUGUCUAUAGUGUGUGUUGUUGUAGUCCCAAAACCCAUAAUAAUUUUUGUAAAAAAAAGAAAUUUGCAAAAACAAGGUUAAUAAAUGGCAGAGAUGUGGAGGUAAGGCUGCUCGCUGUGGUCAAAUGUGUAUUUCCUGUGCUGUGCACCUGUCCUUACAGUGUCCUGUGCUCUUCUACCGUAGUGUCACCUUUGGAUAUGCCAAAGUUUGAAAAAAAAAAAAGCUAUACAUGAAGCACACUGUUUUUUCCUGCACAAGUCCUGCAUACGCAAAGAAGAAUAAAGUUUACACUCUGUGA